AUGGAAAAGGUGGGGCUCUCGCUCUUCCUCGCAGAAAUCUUCGCAAUAUCUUUGGAUCUGUUGUACCUUCACACUCUUUUUUCUCCAGUUGCAAAACUUAGAUUUACUGCCCAAAAAAUGCCGUUCACCGACACAAUAGAUGAUCCAGCGUCUCCGACUUCUACCUCAAGUACCUCGUUGUCUCCGCCACGAAAUGGGCGCGUUGCAGCCUUGGCUAUCACCGUUGCCAUUGUCGGCAUCCUCAUGUUCACUCUCAUCACCUGCUUGACUCUCCGAUUACGCCGAGCGCCUACUAGUCCCUCGCAAGAAUAUGGCCAGAUCUCCAAUCCAAAGCGUAACUUGACCUUGAAUCUAAAUACACCGCUCUUCACACCAUCAGGCUCUUCAAAACUUACCUCGGAAACCCCCAAAUUUGGCUUCAAGACCACACCAGCUUCUCAGCUUCGUGUUGCACAUCAGCGUGACAAUGGAGCUUGGGACUUUUCUGAUCCUGAUCCAAUUGAUCAAUACGGUCCUUCUGGUGCUCUAAAGUUGGAUAAACACCUAUCGCCACCAUAUCCCUCACCUUCGCUACCGCCCAAUCACCCAACGUCGUUGCAUGAAGAACGUGGUACGAUACGAGGGAGUUUCACACCAAUCUCUGGCAGCUUCGAGCUUGAUGCCCCUCCACCAGCAUACUGUCGACACAGUGGUGGUGGGUAUAUCGUGCGCUCAAAGGAAUGAGACUGUUCACAGUUUUAUUCAUCGUACUGGUAUUUUAGCGAUUAAAACUUUCCAGACGUUCUCGCGUAACUCCAUUUGUCAUCCCUUCAUUUGUCAAUCAGGCUUUCGUUUUCUACUUCUGGUGUAUUCGCUGCACAUUGGUUGCAGUAUGCGAUGUUAAUGUCAGACUUCCGUAUUUUCAUUGUGCAAUAUCAUACUGUAGCUAGUAUGUUAUGUAGUCGGCUACAAUUUUUGCUUUGUCAGGAGAGGGCAAAUGAUUUUGGUUUUGUUGUUCGGGUUCUUUGUACUCAUUUACCGCGACUUCUAUUACAUUAGCAUUAGUAGUUCAUUCUAGUCGUUUCAUCAGUGGACAGUUUGACCAAUGACGAGACAGCUUUACUAAGUGCACUU